GGUGAUUAUCUCCCUCCAGCGUGGGGGGUGCCCAAGGCCUGGCUUCAGGCUGGGGGAGGGCAGGGGAGGGGCCGGGAGAGCUGCCUGGGACGGCUAGGGAGAGACCCGGCCAGCUCACACUUGGGAGCCAGGACACCCGGACCUGCCCCCUGCUGUCCUCCGCCUGCUGGCUGGGUCUCUCCAGAAGAAAUCGGUGAGACUCAUGUCCUGCUGCGUCUCCUCUACUUAGAUUCUGAAUUAGGGCACUUCCCCCCCACCCCGCCCACUUCUGCCCUUUGCGGCUGCUGAUGGAGACUUCUAGAAAGAACACAGGGAGGUGUCCCCAGACACCGGGAUGAGGCCCCCGGUCCUGCUUGCUGCCCUCCUGUGGCUCUGUGGUGUCCUGGCCGAGGAAGACCCGUGCCACUCCCAGGAGCAGAGCCCCACCGGGGAGCGUGGAGGCCCGCACCCCAGUGUGAACGUCAGCAGCCAGGGGAGUCCCACGAGCCUCUUUCUGAGCUGGGCAGCCCCGGAGCCAGGCGGGGCCCAACGCGCCCUCCGCCUGGUGCGCCUGAGCCCCCUCGGCUCCCCCGGGGGGCAGCGGCUCCAGGCCCUCACCAACGCGUCCAGCUUCGAGUUCCAGGGCCUGGUGCCAGGGAGUCGCUACCAGUUGGAAGUGACUGCCCUGCGACCCUGUGGGCAGAAUGUCACCGUCACCCUCACGGCCCGCACAGCCCCAUCACCUGUGCAGGGGCUGCAGCUCCACAGCCCCGGGAGCCCGCCCAGCCUGGAGGCCUCGUGGAGCGAAGGCCCUGGGGAGCAGGACGGCUACCAACUCCUCCUCCACCACCGGGAAUCCAAGACGCUGGCACAAAAUGCCUCCGUGCCCCCCGACACCCUGUCCUACGAUUUUGGCAACCUCUUGCCAGGUGCUGAGUACGUUUUGGAAGUUAUCACCUGGGCUGGCAGCCUCCAAACCAAGACCAGUCUCUGCCAGUGGACAGCCCCCGUGUCUCCGGAUCACCUGGGGCUGCACGCCCUGGGCACCAGCACCCUGCGAGCAUCCUGGGGUGGCUCCGAGGGGGCCGCCUGGCUCCAGCUCGUGCUCACAGACCUCCUGGGUGGCACCAACCUGACUGCGGUCAUUGUCGGACGGGGGGUCUCCAAUUACACCUUCCUUCACCUGUCUCCAGGCACCCCCUAUGAGCUGACGCUUAAUGCGAUUGCUGGGCCCCACCGGGCAGCAGGCCCCAGUGCCACCGAGUGGACCUAUCCCUCUGCCCCGCUGGACCUGGUGCUGAUGCCCCUGCCCCCCAGGCUCUGGGCGAGCUGGAAGGUAGGGCCGGGUGCCCGGGACGGCUUCCUGCUGCGGCUCAGUGGGCCGGUGGAAGAGAACGCCACUCUGGGCGCCGGGGCCCUCAGUGCCAUGUUCCCGGGGCCCCUGCCCGCUGGGCACUACACUCUGCAGCUGAGGGUCCUGGCCGGGCCCUAUGGUGCCUGGGCCCAGGCUUGCACCUGGCUGGAUGGUCCUGCAGCCCUGCCCGGCCCAUGCAACGGCACCGAGCUGCAGCUGCAUGGGCUGGAGGCCACCAGGGAGCCUGGGAGGCGGGCACUGCUCUACGCUGAGGGUGCCCCAGGCCUCGUUGGGAACAUCUCCGUGCCAUGUGAUGCCACCCACAUCACCCUUUGCGGGCUGGUGCCUGGGUCCCGUUACCGGGUGGACAUCACGUCAUCUCUAGGAGCCAUCACCCAGAGCCUCGUGGGCUACACACGCCCCCUCGCCCCUCCUCUGGUAAACGUGACCAGCGAAGGUCCCACCCAGCUCCGGGCAUCCUGGGUCCACGCGUCGGGGGGCUGGGACGGCUACCAGGUGAACCUGUACCGGGCAGGUGUCCUCGUGGGCACCCGCGCCACGGGAGCCGAGGCGGACAGCGCCAGCUUCUCGGCCCUGAUGCCCGGCACCGAGUACGAGGUGGAGGUGGUCUCGCGGGCCGGGCCCCUGCACGCCGCGGCCACCAACGUCUCCGGCUGGACCUCGCCCCUCACGCCCAGCGAGCUGCUGGUGUCGACGCAUGCGGGCACCGCCGUGGUCAGCCUGGCCUGGGCCAGCGGCCCCUGGGGGCGGGGCACGUGCCACACCCAGCUCUGGGAGGCCGGGCGUCUCUCCCGGCAGCAGCCCCUGGCGCUGGGCCAAGCCCGCCUCGUCCUGCGGGGCCUCACGCCCGGGCGCGACCUCUCCCUGUCCGUGCUGUGCCAGGCGGGGCCGCGCCGGGCGGCCACUCUCCCCGUGGUGCUGCCUGUCGAGCCGGGCCCCGUGGAGGACGUGCAGUGCCAGCCGGAAGCCACCCGUCUGGCCCUGACCUGGACGGCGCCCGCCGGGGACGUGGGUGCCUGCCUGGUGGUGGCAGAGCAGCUGGGCCCGGGAGGGAGCGCUGGCCUCGUGUUCCAGGCCAACGUCUCCCGCAGCGCGGCCCUGCUGCCCGGCCUGGCGCCGGCCACUCCCUACCGCCUCAGCCUCUCCGUGCGGGGCAGGAACGGCCUGCGGAGCCGGGCGGUCACCCUGGUGUGCGCCACUUCCGCCGAGGCCUGGCGCCCGCCGGAGUCGGCCCCAGCCCCCCAGCUGGAGCCCGGGACGGAGGUGGGAGUGAGGAUCGUGCCGGGCAUGUUCGGCCAGGACGAUGGGCAGAUCCAGUGGUACGGCGUCAUUGCCACCACCAACAUGUCGCUGGCUCGGCCUUCCCAGAAAGCCAUCAACCACACGUGGUACGACCACUACUACCGGGGACACGACUCCUACCUGGCCAUCCUGCUCCCCAACCCCUUCUACCCAGGGCCCUGGGCUGCGCCGAGCUCCUGGACUGUGCCCGUGGGUGUCGAGGACUGUGGCCACACCCAGGAGAUAUGUAACGGGCAGCUCAAGCCAGGCUCCCAGUAUAGGUUCAGUGUUGCGGCCUUCACCAGGCGCAGCCCCCCAGGGACCGUCAUCUCCUUCUCGGCCUUCUCAGAGCCCCGGGCCAGCGUCUCCCCGGCAGCAGUGCCCCUGCCAGCGGUGGUGGGCGUCGCGGCGGGCUGUGUCCUUGUCACCUGUGCCGUGCUGGGCCUGCUGUGCUGGAGGCGGGCGAAGGGGCAGAGGGCAGAGAAGAACCGGUUCUCCCGAGAGCGGACGGGCCGCAACCUGCGGCGAACCCACCGGCCCACCCCUAUCCACAGCUUCCGGCAGAGCUACGAGGCCAAGAGCGCCCACGCUCACCGGGCUUUCUUUCUGGAGUUCGAGGAGCUGAAGGAGGUGGGCAAGGAGCAGCCCAGACUGGAAGGCGAGCACCCCGCCAACACUGCCAAGAACCGAUACCCGCACGUGCUGCCCUAUGACCACUCCAGGGUCAGGCUGACCCGGCUGGAGGGAGAGCCCCACUCCGACUACAUCAACGCCAACUUCAUCCCAGGCUACACCCACCCACAGGAGUUCAUCGCCACUCAGGGGCCUCUCAAGAAAACGCUGGAGGACUUCUGGCGGCUGGUGUGGGAGCAGCGGGUCCAGGUCAUCGCCAUGCUGACCGUGGGCAUGGAGAACGGGAGGGUGCUGUGUGAGCAUUACUGGCCAGACAGCUCCGUCCCUGUCACCCACGGCCACAUCACCAUCCACCUCCUGGCCGAAGAGCCUGAGGAUGCCUGGACCAAGCGGGAAUUCCAGCUGCAGCAUGCUGCCCAGCACCGGCAGCGGAGGGUGAAGCAGCUGCAGUUCACCGCCUGGCCGGACCACAGCGUCCCCCAGGCCCCCGGCGCCCUGCUGGCCUUCGCGGAGCUGGUGCGGGAGCAGGCGAGGGCCGCCCGGGGCGCAGGGCCCGUCCUGGUGCACUGCAGCGGGGGCGUUGGCCGCACGGGCACCUUUGUGGCCCUGUCGCGGCUGCUGCGGCAGCUGGAGGAGGAGCAGACGGUGGACGUGUUCCACGCCGUGUACGCGCUCCGGCUGCACCGGCCUCUCAUGAUCCAGACCCCGAGCCAGUACGUCUUCCUGCACAGCUGCCUGCUCAACAAGAUUCUGGACGAGCCCUCCGACAUCUCCGAGUCCCGGCCCAUCCCUGUGACAAGCUUUGCGGAGGCCUGUGCCAGGAGGGCGGCCAAUGCCAACGCCGGCUUCUUGAAGGAGUACGAGCUCCUGCUGCAGGCCAUCAGGGACGAGGCUGGCUCCCCGACGCCCCCUCCUGGCCACCAGCAGGACAGCACGGUCUCCUACGACCGUUCUCAAGUGCGGUUCUCUCCGGUGGAGGAGAGCCCCCCUGACGACAUGCCAGAAGCCUGGCUCUUCCCUGGCGGGCCUUCUGGCAGGGAUCACGUGGUGGUGACCGGCCGCACAGGGCCGGAGGAGCUCUGGGAGCUGGUGUGGCAGCGUGGGGCGCGUGUGCUGGUCUCCCUGUGCCCGCCCGAUGCCCUGGAGAAGCCACGGGAGUUCUGGCCAACGGAGAUACAGCCCAUCGUCACGGACGCAGUGACAGUGCACUGGAUGGCCGAGACCAAUGCAGCAGGCUGGCCCUGUACCCUCUUCAGGGUCACACAUGGGGAGAGCGGGAAGGAGAGGCAGGUGCAGCGAUUGCAGUUUCCAUACUGGGAGCCUGGGCAUGAGCUGCCCACCGCCACCCUGCUGGCCUUCCUGACCGCCGUGGGCCAGUGCUGCUCGCGGGGCAGGAACAAGAAGCCGGGCACGCUGCUCAGCCACUCCAGCGAGGGUGCAGCCCAGCUGGGCACCUUCCUGGCCAUGGAGCAGCUGCUGCAGCAGGCAGAGUCUGAGUGCACCGUGGACGUCUUUAACGUGGCCCUGCAGCAGUCACAGGCCUGUGGCCUCAUGACACCAACGCUGGAGCAGUAUAUCUACUUCUACGACUGUCUGCACAGCGCGCUGGUGGACGGGCUGCCCUGAGUCGGUGCUGGCUGCUGUGCUGGAGCAGAAGAGGUCUAUGCCCUGCCAGCAGGGACAGCGGGCCCCAGUCCCCGGCCUGGCCUCCCCCAGAAGAGCAGCCUCCGCUGGCCCCUGUGCUGGGAAGGGGCAGAGUCGGGGAAUAAAGACACGAGGUCGAGCCCGAG